CGCCCCUCAGCUUCCCCCUUAAUCCUUUUAUUAAGAGGAACAGGCUGUAGCCCUAACAUGCUACUACCACUAACAAAUAUGGUAUCAAGUUUUCGGGUCUCUGAACUACAAGUGCUGUUGGGCUUUGCUGGACGUAAUAAAAGUGGACGCAAACAUGACCUCCUGAUGAGGGCAUUGCACUUGCUGAAGAGUGGCUGCAGCCCAGCAGUUCAGAUAAAGAUCCGAGAACUCUACAGGCGCCGAUAUCCCAGGACAAUAGAAGGUCUUUCUGACUUGUCUACUGUAAAACCUUCUGUCUUCAGUUUGGACAGCAGCUCAUCUCCAGUAGAACCUGAUUUAGCGGCUGCUGGCCUGCAUCCGUUACCGUCUACUUCAGUUGCUCCUCAAUCCCCUUCCUCGCCUCUUAGUUCAGUGCUACUUCAGGACACAAAGCCUCGCUUUGAGAUGCAGCAGCCGUCACCUCCAGUUCCACCUGUGCAUCCUGAUGUUCAGCUGAAGAGCCUCCCAUUCUAUGAUGUGCUUGAUGUUCUCAUCAAACCUACAAGCUUAGUACAGAGCAGCAUUCAGAGGUUCCAAGAAAAGUUCUUUAUCUUUGCUUUAACACCUCAACAAGUCAGAGAAAUCUGCAUUUCCCAGGACUUUUUGCCAGGAGGCAGAAGGGAUUACACUGUGCAAGUUCAGCUGAGACUCUUUAUGGAAAUUCUAAAUGAAUGUUUGGAUGUAGAUGAGAUCAAAUUCCAGGAGGAUGGUUCCUGGUGCCCUAUGAGGCCGAAGAAGGAGGCUCUGAAAGUCGUUAGCCCGCAGUGUACCAAGAUAGAAACUUUUUUCCUUCGUGGCAAAAACGAGUUACAGAGAAAAGAUAAAAGGGGAUUCAUGGAGCAGAAGUUGGGUCAACGUUGGUUUAGAAGAUCUUUCACAAGCUUUCCAGCACUGAGCAAUAUUCCUUUUUAACUUUGCAAGGAGCACCCAGAAUUCAGCUCCAGCAUGAGAAAAGUGUGAGGAUUGCAGGCCACAUUUCCUUUCCUUUCACUUAAGAACCCCCCCCCCGAGGAUACCUUGCCAUGGAGGACCCCUACAUCUCUGGAGCAGGCACUGCCAUUCCCACUGGGAGACACAAAGCCAGGCUCUACAUCUCCCUUCUGCUGCAUAUCCCAUUUCUUGGUCAGGAAUUUGGGAUGCAGAAAUGGAUUUUUCUAGAGAGACUAGCCAGGGCAGAGUGGCACUAUGGGAGAGGGAGGGAGGCAGUGCGGGGGCAGCAAUGCUCGCCACUCACCAUGCUGGUGGGCUCUCAAGUUUAAAAAAAUUUUUUUUUUCCGUUUUGCGUGCAAUUUUGAAACUGGCCAUUAUUGCUUUAAGUAAAGAAAAUAUGCAGCCCGUUAACUCUGGCAAAUUGUCACAUUACUGAUGAGUAUGAAA